UUUAUUUCAUUCAUCAACUUUCUUCGUAUGCGUAAAGUUUGGUUGCGGAAAAAUAACAUUCGAUUUCGGGCUCAUAUAUAUAUUGUAUAAAGCGAAUAAUGUAGAAAAUUCAAGUGGUUUGUGAUUUCGGGUCAAUUUCCCAUUAUAAUGAAUUAUUUUGAGUGCUUCCGUGUAAUAGAUUUACAGAUCAACAACAAUUCUGUUUUUACUUGUUCAGUUUUUUUUGGCACGAGACAUAAAGAAACGUAGAAGAAGACGUAUGUGCAAGAAGUGAGAUUCAAGCGAAAAACAAGAAUGCUUCAAGAAAGCGUAGGAAGCAAUGAUUCUAUUAUUAUUUUUGCGUGUUUAUUGCAAUUGCUUGUUUUUAUAAAUUUCAAAUAUUGGUAAACUAGUGACUUAGUGCUUGAGCAAAUACAUCUAUUGGUACAAGUGUUCCAAUUGAAAAGGCGGCUGCGUUCAUGUCAGCUGUGUUACCCAAACAAAAUAAAAACGCAGACAAGAAACUCACUGCAUCCUUUAAUGGACUGCAACACGAAUUUAGUAUUUGGAAGCAAACGGGGUGAGCGAAUUUCUAUUCCUUACUAAGAAUUAAUUUAAUGCUGACAAAAGCGAUGCAUACAAGUGCGGGCGGUAGACCAGUGUGGAAUAGUUACGACAAGCGAGAGUGAUUCCGAAGAAAAGUGAAAGUCGAAUUCAUGAAAUAGUUAUCGCCGACAGCGCACCUUUAUAUAUAUAUACAUACAUACAUAUAUAUUGUGCAAUAUACGUCUGCUGCAUAUCAUUUUAUAUAAUUUGCAUGUUUAGUAAUGUUGUUACAAUUGACAAAAAAUUUUAAUUUUAAAUUUUCUCCUCUAAAGUAGCGAGUGUAUACAAAUAGUAAUAAAUUUAUUGCGGUCAAGGUCAAUAAAAAGUUUGCAGAUCACUGUGAAAACAAAUACAUACAUAUGUAUAUACGAAUUAAUUUACAAAAUGGUUAUGGUGUUGUUUAGUUUUAUAAAUUAGUGUAAAAAACAAGUGCAGUGUAUUUAAUUAAUAUUGCUUGCUUUGCGUAACAGCUCUAAUAACCUAUUGUCUUUGAAAAUACAUCUUUAAUAAACUGAAAUAACCAUAUUACGCCGGUAAUUUUAAACAAAAAAUUAACAAUUAGCCGGAUGCUGAGAAUAGGAGUGGUCUAGCUGCGAAAUACCAAAUAAAUUUGCUGAAAGUCUUGCAUAGCAGAAAAUAUAUGAGGAUUCCAUUCAAUUGAAAAAUGAGUUACAUUCUUAAUCGCAUGCUCAGACUCUACGUUGAUACUGAAGAUCUCGUGGCGAACAACUAGAAAGAUUAAAUGAAUAUAUCUAAAGAUAUGUUCGCGAUUCCAAUCACAGUAAUUACGAUAACGAAUUGGCUCGAGGGCGAGAUAGGCGCGCGAAACCACACGGUCAGUAGUCAGCCGACCAGCUGCGCGUGCAGUCGAAGCGUAAAGUGUCCACAGAGUUGAAGGCGGAUUAGCGUCAGAGCGACAAGAGUGAGCGGCUGGACAACCAUACAUAUGUAUUUAUGUAUAUGUGUGUGUAUUUGGAUUAAAUACUCGUGUAAUACAGUGUGACUCGAAUCGAAUACGUUGCGAACUAUAAAGUGAGAACGAACUACCAAAUUUUUACUGACAGAAAAAGUGAAACAAAAAUAAAUAAUUCCUCGGAUUUCAUAAAUGAUUAUGAAAUGAAAUGUGACAACUUGCAACAAUUUGCUACGACCAACAAUGCAUGCAACGAAAUAUGGCCUGCAACCGGCAAACCGGCAGAGCGUCAUGCGACGAUUUGACAAGAGCUAGUGAGCGAAAUGGCCACAGCGCAUGCGCAAAUGAAAAGUGUUGAGUACAUAAAAAUCUGGAAACAUAUCAAAUGGCGACAAAACCAUAACCAUACGGGAACAUUGAAUGUGGCAAGCAGGUAGAGACUUGUUGUGAGAGAGUGGAAAGUGAGAAAACUUUAAGCGUUCACAAGUGAAAGUUUGAAAAAAAAAAUAUUUUAAAAAAGUUAUAAACCAAUAUUUUAAACAGCGCUGUAAACUUCUGUGUGGUGUGUGUGGAUAAGAAAUAUUUUUAAUUAUAAGAAAAAUAUUUAAUUAAAAAAAUUGUGUAAUGUAAUAAAAGAAAAUAUUUUAUUAAAAAAGCAAAAUUAGAAAAAAAAGAAGAAGGACUUUAACAAUAUUUGAGCUUUCACAGCUGCAGUUCAAAAGUGUCAUGCGAUUUUUUCUCUUUUAACUCACAUUAUUCCAAGUGCCGUACUUAAUUUUUUGAGCAUGCUAUUAACCCACUGUUGUGAUCAAUUACUAGUGUUAAGUAAAUAAUAAUAUAACUUACGCACAAUAAGCAGAGCAGCUUUCAUGGCCAUAUGUAAAUGAAAGCUUCACCAAAACCGUGAAAGCUCAACUGUGAAACGAAAUCUAUAAAGCUUCGAAACAUAUCUGAAAUAAAGCAGUAAAAGAAACCCUUAGACACAGGCAAAUCAGUAACGCCACCACCGAGCAAAGGUUCCAAACAAAAACAAAAAAAAAAAUAAUAAAAGUUUACAACAAAAGCCUCAACUGCAACAAAAUAAACGUGCGACAACAACCACAAUUGCAUACUAUACCAAAUGACAAUAUCAAAUUUGAAUCGUUUGAAUCGCAGACGAAACAUCAACAACAACAGCGGUGACAACAACAACACCGCCGAUACUGAAUUAUUGCUGGUGGGAGCAAUAUCAGCAAAAACAACACAAAACUCGGCAAGCGCAAACGGCGGGCGCAUCAAACGCUUGCGUCGUCCAGCAGCUGCCGUCAAAAUGACAACGCUCAACCAACAGGCGACAGACGAUAUGACAACUACACGAACAACAACAAGAGAGCUGAACACUGACAGCAGCACAAUGAACGGGAAUUCAACUGGCAACAGUAGCGCGCGCGUCAGCAAGUUUUUGCCCGGAAAAUCGCUCAAAUAUGAGCGCCUCAUAAAUCAACCGCAAAAUGCCGGUACAACACCACCAGCAACAGCAAAAACUAUAACAAAAGCAAUUGAUGGCAUAACAUCCGAAGCGGCGCUAAAUACUAACGGUAAUGAGUGGCCGCCACAGCAGCACUGGCGAUUGCAAGAUGAGGCCACAGCCACAGCAGCGAUGUCCUCGUGGCGCGAUGCCCAUUCAUCGUCAACGCCCGCAACAGCGACGUCCGCGACGGAGGCGGCGGCGGCAAUGAAAAAUUGGCAAGCACAUUCGGAAGGCGCGGAAAUGCAUUUAUCACCAGCAGUCAACGGCUUGGAUGUGCAGAAUGCGAACGCCAAAGCGCCUGUUAAAGUGCGGAGCCGCCGUGCCAAUGCCAAUGGAAAUGGAAAUGGCGGCAAUAGCUGGAGUGGCAAUUAUCAACAGCAGCAUCCGCAUACGCCACAGCCACAGCCACAACCAACGGCAACCACACCGACAACAACGAAACCAGCACAGCCUGUGCGCACACAAAGCCAAACCGUUAACAAUGGCGGUGGCUUUGGCAACAUGACCGGUAAUGGCAACAGUUAUGGCAGCAGUAAUAAUGUGAAAUAUUUUGGCAACGGCGUCGACUGUAAUGGCACAUCUGCGUCCGACACGGUUGCUCUGCUCAGCGCGUUGCCAACUGACGGCGUUGGCACAGCGUCGUCUGCCUACGAUCAGCAACAGCCGACCACGAAUCGCCACAGUCAGAGCGCCAACUUAACGCGCAGCAGUAAGGGUUUCUACUACACCUCCAUCGACAACGGUGCUGACUUCGAUGCCGCUUACACGUCGCAAGCGCCAUCGGCGUCCGAGUCGUCGCCACUGUACUACUCAUCAGCUGCGUCGUCUGCGCGUUCUGCCUCCUCACCCGCCGCUUUCUACACGUCCAACGGUGCCUCAGCCUCGUCGCCGUCCAGGUCGGGGUCGGGUUCGGGGUCAUCCGCGGCCGUUGCAUUGGCGUGUAAUUGUUGCAGUAAUUUAAUUGCCCGCUGCUGCAUCGGCAUACCACUGCUGAAGGCGAUCAAUGUGCGUCGCUGUGUGUUGGCAUUGUUCGCCAUAACGGUCGUUACCAUUUUUUACUACACUCAUUACGUCGAUACGGGCGUUUUUGUCGGUUUAAUUCAGCGUGACACACGUCCCUCCCCACUCAUCAAUUGUCGCAUGGUUAGCGGGAAGCACACACGAGAAUCAUCACGAGCGCCCGAUCAUCGUUCAGAGGCACGACUGCGCAUCGAUCCGAAGGUGUUGGUGUUCGUUGAGACGACUUACUCAGGACUCGGGCGAGAUAUUGCCGAGCUAUUGGUCUAUAACCGAAUUAAGUACAAAAUCGAAGUGGCUGGCAAAAGUCUUCCAGUGUUAACGAAUCUCGACAAAGGCCGCUACGGUGUGAUCGUUUUCGAAAAUCUUGACAAAUACUUAAAUAUGGACAAAUGGAAUCGUGAGCUAUUGGACAAAUACUGUCGUGAAUACUCCGUGGGCAUAGUGGGCUUCGUCAGUCCGAGCGAGGAGACUUUGGUGGCGGCACAGUUGCGCGGUUUCCCGCUCUACAUACACACGAAUUUGCGGCUACGUGAUGCCAGCCUCAAUCCCGCCUCGCCAGUGUUGCGGCUGACACGCGCCGGCGAGACGGCUUGGGGCGCUUUACCCGGCGACGACUGGGCGGUUUUCCAACAUAAUCACACCACCUACGAACCAGUGGAAUGGGCGCAGCGUAACACGCAGGAUUAUCCAACGGACAACGGUGGGCAAGUGCAAUUGCCACUGACAACUGUGCUGCAAGAUCAUGGACACUUUGACGGCAUACAGCGCGUAUUCUUUGGCAGCAAUUUGCGUUUCUGGCUGCACCGCUUGCUAUUCCUGGACGCACUGUCGUACUUGAGUCACGGUCAGCUCAGCUUAAGCCUUGAGCGCAUGAUACUAGUGGAUAUCGACGAUAUUUUCGUGGGUGAGCGGGGCACGCGAUUGCGCCCAGACGACGUGCAAGCGCUGAUAGCCACACAGCGUAUUAUUGCCUCAAUGGUGCCGGGUUUCCGUUUUAAUUUGGGUUUCUCCGGCAAGUUCUAUCAUCACGGGGAGCGUGAGGAGAAUUUAGGCGAUGACUAUUUAUUGCGCAAUGUGCAGGAAUUCAAUUGGUUCUCGCACAUGUGGAAGCACCAGCAACCACAUCUGUAUGACAAUCUGACUUUGCUCAUGUCGGAGAUGCAACUGAACUAUGCCUUCGCCAAGGAACAUAACAUUCCCACUGACUCCGGCUACUCAAUAUCACCGCACCAUUCGGGUGUAUAUCCGGCGCACGAAAUACUCUACAUAGCGUGGAAGAAAAUUUGGAAUGUGAAAGUCACCUCCACAGAGGAGUACCCGCAUUUGCGACCUGCACGCUUAAGACGUGGCUUCAUACACCGCGACAUAAUGGUGUUGCCACGACAAACCUGUGGCCUCUUCACCCACACCAUGUACAUCGAUCGCUACCCAGGCGGGCGUGACAAACUCGACGAAUCGAUACAGGGUGGCGAACUCUUCCAAACUAUAGUCUAUAAUCCUAUAAAUAUUUUCAUGACGCAUAUGUCUAACUAUGGGUCGGAUCGGUUGGCGUUAUACACUUUCCAAUCGGUGAUAAAGUUCCUGCAAUGCUGGACUAAUCUGAAACUCAGCUCAGCGCCGCCUAUUCAACUAGCGGAAAUGUAUUUCCGUCUACAUCCCGAAGAAGUGGAUCCCGUUUGGGGAAAUCCCUGCGACGAUCCACGCCAUAAGAAAAUCUGGUCGAAAAAGAAAAGCUGUGAUUCAUUGCCAAAGUUUCUAGUGAUUGGUCCACAGAAAACUGGUACAACUGCACUCUACACAUUCCUCUCUAUGCACUCAAGCAUCACUAGCAACAUACCCAGUCCCGACACUUACGAAGAAAUCCAAUUCUUCAAUGGCAACAAUUAUUAUCGUGGCCUCGACUGGUACAUGGACUUCUUCCCAUCUGAUGUGAGCUCAAACACCACCGUGGCAACCACUACGCGUUACAUGUUCGAGAAGAGUGCGACCUAUUUCGAUGGUGAAGCGGUGCCAAAACGUGCUCAUGCUCUCUUACCGCAUGCCAAGAUCGUUUCGAUUCUCAUUUCCCCAGCGAAACGGGCCUACUCUUGGUAUCAGCAUCAACGCGCACAUGGUGAUGCGAUCGCCAAUAACUACAGCUUCUAUCAGGUAAUCACAGCCAGCGACUCUGCGCCUAAAGCUCUAAAGGAUUUGCGUAAUCGCUGCUUGAAUCCCGGCAAAUAUGCCCAGCACCUGGAGCACUGGUUGGCCUACUAUCCCGCCCAGCAACUGCAUAUCAUCGAUGGCGAACAGUUGCGCCUCAACCCAGUAGAUGUGAUGAACGAUUUACAGCGCUUCCUCAAAAUACAACCGACACUCGACUAUUCGAAUCAUUUGCGUUUCGAUGCGAAGAAGGGAUUUUUCUGUCAGGUGCUCAGCGAGAAGCGCAAUAAGUGUCUGGGCAAAUCGAAGGGCCGCCAAUACCCGUCGAUGGACGAGCGCAGCGCCAAGCUGCUGCAGCGCUACUAUCUGAGUCACAAUACGGCGCUGGUGAAGCUGCUGAAGAAGUUGGGCUCACGACCCAUACCACAGUGGCUGAAAGACGAUCUCUCGACGGGCACGUGAUAGCUAAUGCAAUUCCGGCGACUGCGCAACAAGCUGCGAAAACAAUUCGAAAUGGUAUACGUAAGACUCAAACAACAGACGGACACAAACAACGACAACGAGGUGCUGGAGGAGGAGGAGGAAGCGCCUAAAACUAUACCAUACAGACAUCACAGACGCAACAGCUGGACGCGCUAUUAGCGAGCUCGCUUGCGGAACAGCAAUUUGUGCCAGUCGAACGGAGGUGAAGCGAAUGCAGCGAUUAGGCGGAAAUCAUAAGAAACGUGAAACAAUUGAAGUCAAUAUCUAAUAUACUAUUAGCUACUAAAUCAUGCAUAUUGUGUAUCUAUGUAGUUUAAGGCAAAACCACUAAAAAUCUGUUAUAUGUAAGUCUGUAUACGAUCCUGUAAAUGUAGUGUUAAGUAAAUAUAUAUAUGUAACUAUGUAUGUAUAUGUUAAUGUGCGCUAGGCGAAAUGACGGCAGUCGAAAAAUCACUCGGCUGUCAUUUAUGUAAUUAAAAAUUAAUAUACGCUUGUAUGUGUGACUUUAUGUGUGUACACAUGUGUUUACUUUAUGUUUUAUGUAUAUAUGUAUGUAACCAAUACCUAACAUUAUAUGAAUAGACAUUACGAAACUACAAUGUGCAUAGUGUAUAAAUGUGUAAAGGCCAUAUUACAUGUGUAAGUGUGUACAUAAACAUACAUACAUACAAACAAACAAAGAAACAGUAACAAACAAUUAAAUAAAUGAAUGUGUUUUAGUAAAAACUAACUAAUAUAAAUAUCUUAUAAGUACUGUAUAGUUGUUGUUAUAAUUGUAAUCAGCAGCUUUAAUUAUGUCGCUAAUUAUGUGCGAAACAAAAACAAAAAAGGCUUGGCAGAAAAUAACACCUGACAAAAUUCAAUUUGCUUUGCAGACGUUUCUUAAGCGCUCUUAGAUGAUUCCAAUAUUAUUGUACAUACAACUUAUCAUAAAUGAAAAUUUAUUAAAAAAAAAAACGCGAAAGGUUUCUCGAAAACGUGUAUAUAAGGUAUGCAAACCUUGAAUCAGUUAGUGCUAACAGCGUACUUCGGGAAAAUUCCAAAAAUGGCAACUAUUUUAAUAAAUUUGUAUGGAAGUUAUUGUUGAAAUUUACUCUACGAAAUGUGAAAUAAAGUAUGAAACUUGUAAAUUUUGUCUAACAGCA